UUGCAAAUGCUUGUCAUCGUUCUUUUGAGAUUGAAGAAACAAUUCAAUAAUAAAAGGAAAUGAUUCUGUCAGAUGUGAGUAUUAACCUUCACCUCACCUCCUCUGCUGCUGUUGUGGAAAUAUAAGAACUGAAACAAAGGCUCCGUUUUCAGUCGUAAGCUCUGAUGGCUGAGAGGCGACGCGCUAAAGAUGAACUAUGUUCACCCCUGAACAACAUGAACAGCAAUAAAUCUCCACCUGACAGUAACUCAACAAUCAAACCAGCCGUGGUCCUAAAGAUCAGCAUGUCAGCAUACUUAAUACAGAGACGUCUUCUCUUGCUUUUGUGUCUCCUGCUUCAUCUUAACUCUUCACUGGCUUAUUCACUGAAAGGCUGCGUCAUCAGUUAUUCUGAAGACGCCUCGGCUGAUGUUUCUUUGGACUGCUCAGAUCGUGAACUUGUUACUGUCCCUGAUGACAUCCCCAGAGAUGCAAGCUCAGUAAAACUCUCCAACAAUCAGCUUGAACAGAUUAACAGGCAAGAUUUUGGCCACUUGUCAAAGCUGAGAAAUUUGUCCCUAGACUUCAAUCAGAUUGCUCAUGUAGACGAUGGAUCUUUCAUUAAUUUGGUGGCACUGACAAACCUCUACAUGAAUGAAAACAAACUCACCAGGCUGACAGACAACAUCUUUCAGGGACUGUCCAACCUCACCACGCUUGACCUCGGAGGAAACAACAUUCAGUUCAUUCAUUCCUCGGCCUUCCAGUUCCUGUCCAGUUUACAGACUGUGAUUCUAAAAGACAACAAGCUCCAACAAGUCACUGACAUUCAGCCCAUCUUACAGCUACCACACCUACAGGAGCUGAACAUUAGAGCAAAUCUAUUUACCUCCUUUCAGACCAAAGAUCUGCUGCUGAACAUGUCCUCAGGCCUGAAGAAGUUAGACGUUUCUGAUAAUGCUAAGUUAGAAAAGUUCAGCAUCACAACACAGAUCUUUCCUCACCUUGAGAUGAUAGACCUUUCUGGAAGUGGUCGACCUGCUGGCUUGAAAUGGGACAUACCUGACAAGACUUUACUAAGGAACAUAACUCAGCUGGAUUUCAGCGGCACUUUGAUUCCUUUUGAAGAGAUC